GUCCUUGGAGACAGAUCACGUUUAUUCGACACAAGUUCACAUUAAACCAACACCCGAUAGCCAUUUUGGGUCUGCCGUAUCACAGAUCCCGCUUCUGAUCCCCGAUCACGACGCACAACACCGUCGAGGAGCACGAUUGGAGCAGGCGGUUGGAGAGCAUGCGCAAGGACAUGGAGUGUUGCUUUGGCAGAGUCAAGGGGCGCUGGAGGCUUUUCGGUGGUGACAUCUUGUUCUCCACACGACAGAAGGUUGACAACGCGUGGUUCACCGCGUGCAUCCUCCACAACAUGCUCCACAGCUUCAACCGCCUCGACGAGAUGGAGGAGGACGCCGAUUGGGUGGGGUCGGCAGGGGGGUUGGGGGAGGCGACGGCAGUGGCGGCGGCCAUGGACGUGGACGAGGAAAGCGAGACUCCGACUUGCGGCUUCGAAGAGUUUCGCAGGAAGCUCAUCGCGCACUUCACGUGCGCGUGGGGGAAGGAGAUUUUGUGGUUUAAGAGGGCGGAGGUUAAGAAUAUACGUGGUGCAUGUAGUCGGCAAGGUAUGGGUGGGGGAGUUGUUGUUGUUUUUUUGGCGUGAAUGGGCAAACCCUGUAAUAUGUCUGUGUUGUGUGUUUUUUUUUGGCGUGCGUCUGAUAGGGUGAGGGCGUGAUUGCAUCUGUCACUAGUAU